CCGCCGUGAACAUACUGCCUACUUGCCAAUUAUCUCGACAGCUUAGAUUGAACAAAACAAAAGUCCGAACCCUGUAUAGACCACCACGAUCACAUCAAGAGGCCAACGAAGAUAAAGGAACGCCAACGAAUUAACCGACUGUCAGCGGCGACACCGUCAAAAUGCCGUCCUUCAACAAACUCGGCCAAAAGCCGACGCACAAAGAGCGCGCCCAGCCGCUCGAGAGGAAACACUUGGGUCUCCUCGAGAAGCACAAGGACUACUCCCUACGAGCCAAGGACUUCAACAAGAAAAAGGCCUACCUCAAAACCCUGCGCCAAAAGGCGGCUGAGCGCAACGAGGAUGAGUUCUACCACAAGAUGCUGUCCCGGACCGGACCGGGAUCCGCCCUGACCAAAGGCGCAAAGGGGCGCAACUUCACCGGCACCGUGUCUGGCGACAGGGGCAACACGAGCAUGGACGUCGACGUCGUCCGGAUCCUCAAGACCCAGGAUAUAGCCUACGUCAGGACGCUACGCAACACCCUGGCCAAGGACGUGCGGCAGUGCGAGGAGAGGCUGGCCAUCGCUGAGAGCUUCGCGGGCGUCCCGCACGAGGACGUCGGUGGUGACGAGGGUGGAAGCGGGAGCGACGAUGACGAGAGGCCGACCAAGAGGAGAAAGGCCAGCAAGAUCAAGUUCUUUGAUGACGAGGCCGACAGGGACCGCGCGGCAGAAGAUGCUACGCCCGACAAAGCUGACGAGGAUGACGAUGACGACUUUGAGAAUUUUGGCGACGAGGACGGUGAGGACGACAAGGAGAUGACCGAGGAUGAAAAGAGAGCCCUGAAACUUGAAAGGCUGCGAAGGAACCUCCGCAACGCCAGGCGCAAGCUAAAGGCUUUGGCUGAUGCCGAGGCCGAGCUGGAUUUGCAACGCGUGCGGAUGGCGAAGACUGCGACGAGAGGAGCUGUCACAAAGUCUGGGAAGAAAAUCAAGAAGGUUUUUGAGCGGAAGAGGUAGUUGUUGCGCUUGGUGGCAUCUUGCCUCCCAGCUUCUUUAAUACCCCCUUAUUUUUCUGGCACACAUCUGCAAGAGCGAGUGACCUGCAUCAUUGGAGAAGCGGGAAGCAAGUGUGUAUUACUGAUGAAGAUCGAAGUCAACUUCUGACGAGGUUUAUGUCCUGUCUUUGUCUAGUUCACUGUGCAGAAAGUUCAUAUACAAGGUGUUUUUUGAUGAUGGACGCCACACGAUGACAUCCAAGGGAGAAAGAUGAAACGAAACACAAGCCAGAACAGAAAGAGAAUGGACCCGCAAAUCAUUAUGAAAGUUCCCAAUUUCCAACAAAAUGGUAUAGCCAAUUAUAAUCCCUAAAACACCUAAUAUCGAAGCCCACUCCUUCCAAUCGUUAUAGCGCCUACAGCUUCUCCGACGUCAGACAUCUAGCUGACACCGAUAUGCAACCCGUCAAGGCCUUGAACAUGGCCGUCAGUACCCAGAUGAAGCAUUUGAAAGUCACCGUGAUGAGCUUGAUGACCAGCCUCGCCAGACUAGGCAGCUUCUUGUCUUUAUCCUUUACGACAUCCAACUUGGCCAAGUCGCUCGUCUGGCUCUCGAUAUCCAGUUCGAACUGGUCUAGCUUCGUCUUGGGCGUGCUGUUGCUGCUACCGCCGCUCUUCUUGGCGGUGGCGUGGGAGCUCUUCCUGUCCCGUUUCUUGUUCUUCUUGCUGCCGGCUUCCCCAGAGCCGGAACCGCAGCUGGGCGGCGGCGCGGCAAAGAUCAUGUGCACGGGCGGGGCCUCAAAGACCUCGCUGCGGGUGAACUGGGUGUCGCC